AUGACCGCCAACAAUUUUUCAGUUGACGAUACCCUCAUUGGAAAGGUGACGGCGUAUGUCGAGCAGUACAUGUCCAACUACGACGCAUCUCACGACUUCAACCACAUUAAACGUGUUCUCCGCCUGUCUCACCAUAUCCAAUCUCACACACCUUCAACAAGUCGGUCUCUUGUCACUUUGGCCGCGCUACUCCAUGAUGUCGGCGACAAGAAGUACCUCCGCCCUGGUGAAGAUCCCUCACGUAUGGUGGCUUCAGUGCUCGUCUCUUUCGGCGCACCGCAGGAUCUCGCCGACACUGUCCAGGCCAUUUGUCUCGGCGUCAGCUACUCCUCCGAAGUCAAGAAUCCGGCACACACUCAGUCUCUGGUCGAGAAAUAUCCGGAACUGGCAGUUGUUCAAGAUGCCGAUCGGUUGGAUGCCGUUGGAGCGGUGGGAAUUGCAAGAACAUUUGCAUUUGGAGGAGCCAAGAGCCGUACUUUGGAGAACACUAUGGAGCAUUUUGAUGACAAGUUGCUAUUGCUCGAGGGCAUGAUGAAGACUGAUGAGGGGAGGAAGAUGGCUAAGGAGAGGACAGAGAGGUUACGGCUGAUGAAGGAGUGGUGGCAAGAGGAGACAGCCGAGUAA